UCUCACAUUAGUGACGAGGCAGUCGCAAUGGAAGUGCAGAUAAUUUUGUUGAUGGUCCUGCUUCCCCUGCUUAUGGUUAGGGCUAAGGUUCCGGCAAUGAUCGUGUUCGGUGACUCGUCGGUGGAUGCUGGGAACAACAAUUACAUAGCAACAGUAGCUCGCAGCAACUUCCAACCUUACGGGCGAGACUUUGAGGGUGGGAAGCCUACUGGGAGAUUCAGCAAUGGCCGAAUAACAACAGAUUUCUUAUCCCAAGCCUUUGGAAUCAAACCCUAUGUGCCCCCAUACUUGGACCCUAAUCACAAUAUUUCACACUUCGCCACCGGCGUCACCUUUGCUUCUGCUGCUACUGGCUACGAUAAUGCUACUUCAGAUGUCUUGUCUGUGAUACCAUUGUGGAAGCAGUUGGAGUACUACAAAGGGUUCCAAAAGAAACUGAGAGUGUAUCUUGGGGAAAGUAGGGCAAAUGAGACCUUUGCGAAAGCAUUGCACAUAGUAAGUGUUGGAACAAAUGACUUCCUAGAGAACUAUUUUGCCAUCCCUGGUAGGGCAUCAGAAUAUACACCAAUAGAGUAUCAAAAUUUUCUGGUGGGUAUAGCUGAGAAGUUCAUACACAAACUCUAUGGUCUUGGUGCUAGAAAAAUAUCCUUGGGGGGUUUACCUCCCAUGGGGUGCUUGCCGUUGGAGAGAACCACAAAUUUUGUUGGGGGGAAUGACUGUGUGCCCAGAUACAACUCCAUUGCAUUGGAGUUCAAUCAGAAACUCAGUAAGUUGACAACAACACUCAACAAAGAUCUUCCUCAGAUCAGAUUGGUAUUUUCCAAUCCUUAUGAUAUUUUCUUGCAAAUUAUUCAAAAGCCAGCUCACUAUGGGUUUCAGGUGGCCUCAAUGUCAUGUUGUGCAACUGGAAUGUUUGAAAUGGGAUAUUCAUGCAGCAGAGGCAGUUCUUUCAGUUGCAUAGAUGCUUCCAGAUAUGUGUUUUGGGACUCAUUCCAUCCAACAGAGAAAACCAAUGGUAUCAUUGCAAAGUACCUGGUCAAGAACUCACUAGCUCAAUUUUUGCACUAAAUAUUAAUUCUAAAUUUUAUUUAUGUAAUGUGUAAUGCUAUAUUUAGUUGCCUUUGCUUCAUGGACUUGUUGAUUAUUAUCGAAAUCAUAAUUGUUUAAAGGUGCUAAUUCACCACAUCCUA